AUGCAAAGUCUUGCCUUCACAACUUUAUUUACGGCAAUUAUUGCCAACACAGUGGCUGUACCACUUUCCGCUUCAGAUAAAGCCACAGCUGACAACGGUAUACUCAACUUGCUGGUACAAACGAAUGCUUUGGGUGGCAACGCUAAUUCUGAAAUCACUACAGAAUGCUUCAACUACUAUAUGCCAAUUUUAAAUCAAAUUUCCUUGAACUUCUCCGUGCAAUAUGAGCAAUGUAUAGGCAUUGCCGACCAAGCAGCUGCUAGACUCUCCUCAACAGCUGCUAAACAUCGAGCAAGAUAUGUGAAUGAGACUGCCGCUACGUGCAAUACCUUCACUUUAUGUAAUAGUAAGCGUGACACCUUAGAUUUCUUCAAUUGCUACGCUACUGCUGCCACCGCUGAUAUUAAUAAGUUUAACAAUCUCUCGGAUAAUGCCUCAAAUGUCGCUAUAUCGUUGAAAACUGGUUUGCAACAAAUUGAGUUUGCUAAAGAUAUUUGCACAAGUGGGGCUCAGCACACCUAUACAAUGAGAACUUCAGAAAAUUAUAAAGAAUUAUAUGCCUGUUUUGCUAAUGGAUUGCCCAAGACGAGUACUCCAAGCACUAAUUUUGCAGUUAAUUAAAUAUUUUUUUAUUAAAAACGAAAAAUUAAAUUCAUAAAAUUAACAUAUCUAAUACUCAUUGGAGGAACCAUAUGUAGAUAGUUUUGUAAAGUAAAUUAUGAAAUAAACUUUUUAUACUUCGAA